AUGCACUCAAACAAAGAAUCAAAGUUACGAUGUGAAGAUGAAUGUGAAGAAGUUUACUUUUCGUUCUUCACGUACGGUGCGUGCGUCAAUGAUAUUUACAAGAAAUUACCGAAGAAAGCACAAUCGCAGUGUAAUUUGCGAUGUGGUGUAAGGAUCCGUACCCUGGCAUCCAUUGGUAUUUUUCUGACAUUUGCUGCAGCACUUGCAACUCUCAUCUUCACCUUACCUCUUUGUGUUACCACAUGUUUAUCAUGCUUGAAUGCACGAAAGGCAAAUAGAACAGCGAAACGUGUUUUUGUUGAAACACAAAAUCAACCAUACAAAGAGCAACAACUUCAAACACUUUCAUAUAAUCCAUAUGCCUACUGGCCUUAUUACGGACGAGCGUGA